AUGCCCUUCAAUACCGCUCUCACCCGUAAGCUCGGGAUCAAGGUCCCAGUGGUCCAAGGAGGUAUGAUGUGGGUGGGCUAUGCAGAGCUCGCCAGUGCCGUCUCGAACGCAGGAGGCUUGGGCAUCCUGACUGCACUCACCCAGCCUACACCUGAAGACUUGAGAAAGGAGAUUCGAAGAUGUAGGAAGAUGACAUCGAAGCCUUUUGGCGUAAAUUUGACUCUACUUCCCGCUCUCCAGCCCCCGGAUUACCCAGCAUAUGCUCGUGUCAUCAUCGAGGAAGGCAUCCGAAUCGUCGAGACAGCAGGCAACAAUCCGGCACCUGUGAUUAAACAACUGAAGGCCGCAAAUCCUCCCAUCAUCAUUCUGCACAAGUGUACCACUGUACGCCAUGCACUGUCUGCCAUAAAGCUUGGAGUCGACUUCCUCAGUAUCGACGGAAUGGAAUGUGCGGGUCAUGUUGGCGAGACUGAUAUCACCAACUUUAUCCUGCUCUCUAGAGCUCGUCAGGAACUCAAUGUACCUUUCAUCGCCUCGGGAGGAUUCGCCGAUGGUCAGGGUCUUGCUGCAGCUCUCUCCCUCGGUGCUGAGGGCAUCAACAUGGGCACAAGAUUCAUGUGUACGAUCGAAGCCCCCAUUCACCAAAACAUCAAGGAGUCGAUUGUCAAGGCACAAGAGACGGAUACCGAGCUGGUACUCCGACGAUGGAAAAACACCAGCAGAAUGUUUUCGAACAAGGUUGCAAGAGAUGCCAUCAAGAUCGAGAGGGAGAGUCCGACUGGCAAGUUUGAAGAAGUCGCUCCAUAUGUCAGUGGAAAGCGAGGUAGAGAGGUCUUUCUGAACGGAGACCCAGAGCAUGGUGUCUGGACUGCUGGCCAAGUCAUCGGUUUGAUUCACGACAUCCCGACAUGUGCAGACCUCAUCAGACGUAUCGAGCGUGAAGCUCUAGAAACCAUCAACAAGGCAAAGUCGCUAUAUGUCGAGGAGCUGCCCGAGAGUGAUCUGGAGGGAAAGCCCAUUCAAGAUCCUUCCGCCAACCCAAAGAGUGAGCACGGUUCUGUGAGAUCGAACGAGAACAACCCCGAGGCUCAAGUCUGGGGGAUUGGCAAGAGUAAGCUCUGA